GUGUCAAAACCCGGAAAAGAAGACUGUCGGAUUAGGAAGAGGCAUUAAUAAAGUGACAACAAUACAUUGUAACGCGACAUACAACCCAGUCUAAAGAAAAGGAUCUGCGUGUGAAGCUGACCAGCCCAUUGAUCAGCAGAAUGAGCAGUGGAGGAACAGUGGAGAGUGUUAAAACUCCAAAGGUCGGCUCCAUAGUCGAGGUGACAGGAAAGGGUCAGAGAGGGACGGUGGCCUACAUCGGCGCCACCCUCUUUGCCUCGGGAAAAUGGGUGGGCGUCAUCUUGGAUGAGCCUAAAGGCAAGAACGACGGCACGGUGCAGGGGAAGCGCUAUUUCACCUGUGAGGAGAAUCAUGGGAUAUUUGUCAGAUCCUCUCAGAUCCAGGUGGUGGAUGAAGAUCUGGGUAGCACCUCCCCAGAGACCCCCGAGUCCAGCGUGGCAAGGACACUCAAACAAAAGGAUGUUUCUGAGACUCCCAAACCAACCAAGCAGACACCAUCGAACAUUAAGAAGUCCUCGACCCACCGCUUUGCAAAGUGGAGUGCUCCACGCCUCGCUCCUGCUACCUCCCUCCCCUCCCUCCUGCUUCGUCCCCCCAUCCGCACCAGCCAGAUGCUCCGGGCGUCUCGUGAGAGUCUUUCACCGUCUGUGUCUGGAGACGUCAGUGAGGCGAGCCUGUCUUCCCAACAGGGGGCUCUCAGAGCCCCCGUGACCCCAUCCCCUGCAGCCGCCCCGGUCCAAACUACUCCCAGCAAGGUGGAACCUUCUAUUUCCAAGCAGGAGGAAGAGUCUCUGCGAGCUCAGGUCAAGGACCUGGAGGAGAAGCUGGAGACUCUGAGGAUAAAGCGAAUGGACGAUAAGGCUAAGCUGAAGGAGCUGGAGAAAUACAAGAUCCAGUUGGAGCAGCUGCAGGAGUGGAAGAGCAAAAUGCAGGAGCAGCAGGCCGAGCUGCAGAAACAACUCAAAGAGGCCAAGAAGGAAGCCCGGGAGGCCCACGAGGCUAAAGACCGCUACAUGGAGGAGAUGGCGGACACAGCGGACGCCAUCGAAAUGGCCACGCUGGACAAAGAGAUGGCUGAGGAGCGAGCGGAAUCUCUGCAGGUGGAGGUGGACUCGCUCAAGGAGAAGGUGGAGGAGCUCUCCAUGGAUUUGGAGAUCCUGAGGCACGAGAUUUCAGAGAAAGGAACAGAUGGAGCUGCAUCCAGUUAUCAAGUCAAACAGCUGGAGGAGCAGAACACCAGGCUGAAGGAGGCGUUGGUCAGGAUGCGUGACCUGUCUGCCUCGGAGAAGCAGGAACACGUGAAGCUGCAGAAGCACAUGGAGAAGAAGAACACGGAGCUGGAGACCCUGAGGACCCAGAAAGAGAAACUGCAGGAGGAACUCAAACAAGCCGAGGCCACGGUUGAUGAACUGAAGGAGCAGGUGGAUGCAGCUCUGGGAUCAGAGGAGAUGGUGGAGACCCUGACUGAGAGGAACCUGGACCUGGAGGAGAAAGUCAGAGAGCUGAGGGAGACAGUCACUGAUUUGGAAGCCAUCAACGAGAUGAACGACGAGCUGCAGGAGAACGCCCGAGAGACCGAGAUGGAGCUGAGAGAGCAGGUGGACCUGAGUGGAGCCAAGGUCAGAGAGGCAGAGAAGAAGGUGGAAGCUGCUCAGGAGACCGUCGCCGAUUAUCAGCAGACCAUCAACAAGUACAGAGAGCUCACCGCCUCGCUUCAGGAGGCCAACAGAGAGCUGCUGAGUCAGCAGAGUGCAAACACAGAACAACCUCAGCAGCCGCCUGCAGAGCUGUUUGACUUCAAGAUCAAGUUUGCAGAGACCAAAGCUUACGCCAAGGCCAUUGAGAUGGAGCUGAGGAAGAUGGAGGUGGCUCAGGCCAACAGACAGGUGUCCCUGCUCACCUCCUUCAUGCCAGACUCCUUCCUCCGUCACGGCGGCGACCACGACUGCAUCCUGGUGCUGCUGCUCAUCCCCAGGCUCAUCUGCAAGGCUGAGCUCAUCAGCAAACAAGCUCAGGAGAAGUUUGACCUGAGUGGGAAUCUGGUCCAGGGACCGGCGCUCAGAGGACCCCCAGGGGAGCAGCGCAGCUUUGCCUCUGGACUGGUCUACUCCCUGAGCCUGCUGCAGACCACCCUGCACAAAUAUGAGCAGGCUCUGAACAGCUGCAGCGUGGAGGUCUUUAAGCGCAUGGGAACACUUUACUCUGAAAUGAGCUUCCAUGAGCGCUGUCUGGAUUAUUUCAUUGACCUGCUGCAUAAAGAUCAGCUGGAUGAGACCGUUCAGGUGGAACCCCUGACCAAGGCAAUCAAAUACUAUCAGCAACUGUACAGUGUUCAUUUGGCCGAUCAAACUGAGGACUGCACAGUGCAGCUAGCCGACCACAUUAAGUUUACCCAGAGUGCCCUGGACUGCAUGGGCGUGGAGGUGGCUCGUCUGCGGGUGUUCCUGUCAGCGGGACAGGAAAGUUCGGGUCUCGCCGUCCUUCUGAAGGACCUUGACACGUCCUGCUCCGACAUCAGGCAGUUCUGCAAGAAGAUCCGCCGCCGCAUGCCUGGAACGGAUGUAGCCGGAGUCCCGGCCGCUCUCAGCUUCGGACCGCAGGUGUCCGAGACACUGACGGAGUGCAGGCGCCAGCUGACACGAGUGGUGGCAGUCCUGCAGGAGGUGGCUGCAGCCGGCAGUCAGACGGUGGCUUCGCUGGGAGAACAGGAGGGCCUCAGUGCGCUCAAACUGGAGGACGUCGCCUACAAAGUUGUGGAGCAGGUCUACGGCUCCCAAAAUGUGAACGGUCCAGAGCUUUUGCGCCAGUCCUGCAGCUCUGUCAUUGCUACCAUGAACAAGAUGGCUACAGCCAUGCAGGAGGGAGAGUAUGAUGCUGAAAAACCACAAAGAAUGACUCCUCCAGUGGAAAUGAGAGCAUCCACCGUCAGGGCUGAGAUGACGGACGCUGAAGGUCUGGGAGUCAAACUAGAAGACAGAGAAACCGUCAUCAAGGAGCUCAAGAAGUCUCUAAAGAUUAAGGGCGAGGAGCUCAGCGAGGCUCACGUCCGCCUGAGCCUCCUGGAGAAAAAGCUGGACACUUCCACCAAAGACGCCGACGAGCGCGUGGAGAAGAUUCAGACCAAACUGGAUGAAAGCCUCGCCCAGCUCAAGAAGAAGGAAAAGGAGUUUGAGGAGACGAUGGAUGCUCUGCAGGCUGACAUCGACCAGCUCGAAGCGGAGAAGGCGGAGCUGAAACAGCGCAUCCAUAACCAGUCAAAGAUGACUAUUGAGGGUCUGAGAGGCCCACCUGCCUCAGGGAUCUCCUCCAUCGUCCAUGGAUCUGCAGGAGCAGGUCUGCCUCCAGCCAUGGCAGGACCCACCCAGGUGGUGGACUCUCCUCUCCUCAGGCAGCAGGUUGAGGUCCAGAGAUUGGGCAUUAAAUACCUCAAAAACGAAAACAACCGACUCAAGGCUGAGAAGAUGAGGGAUCAGCUCGCCUCCCUGCCUCCACUCUGCCCUCCUAAACUGCCACAAGUGUCCAAAGAAAGCUCCGUGCCUCCAGAGGGCCUGAACACGGGCAUCUAUCGGAGGACCGACCAGCUGCUGGACACCCUGCUCAAACUGAGUUCAGAAGUCAAAGUGGUGGACGUCACUGGGAAGACAGCAGUCAGUGCCAGCGCCCAGCUGCUGGAGCAGACGGCUCGGCUGAAGAAUCUCAGCGAUGCUCUGGACAAACUUAAAGGUGAAGUAGCGGAGCAUGUGGUUUCCCACCAGCCUGGAGCAAAAGCCUCCUCUGACUUCUCCACGUUCCCCGUUUCCUCCUUUGUUAAGGCUAAGGAAGAGAAACAGGGUGGAACAGUGUUUGUCGGUCGUGUUGCCAUCCCGUGCACCCGAGGCCAGGAGCGAGUCCACCGCCUGGUUCUUUCCCAGCAGCAGCUGCAGCAGGUGCACCACCUCCUCAUGGUCUAAAAGCACAGGAAGACCACCAUCCUCCUUAUACCAUUUCAACAUUAUCACUUUAAUACUAUACUCAGGAAACUGUAUCCUGUUAAUGCAAAGCACUAAUCCUGUUUACCAGCAGACUUUGAAGAUGAAUUUGAUAAUUUAAUGUCUAACUUUUGAAUGUCACAUUAUGUUUUCAUUUAAAUGACAUUUGCACCAAUGUUGACAUCUCGUUAUAUCAUUCAGUUAGGAACUUAAAGCUUUUUUUUUUCUUCUUUAUAUUUUUUGUAAUUGUCGUCAAUAAAGUUAGCAAUUCACUGAAA